AUGGUCUCAAAAACCCCAACCGAAGAACAAUCACAUUCUCCCAGAGGCAGCGCUGCAUCUCAACUACACAACAUGAAAGCAUCACCAGAAUCAACAGACUUUGACACGAAUCGAUAUAUAAAGGGCAGAGACAGGAGACGCAAACGAGUUUCCAAGGCUUGUGAGCGAUGUCGAGUAAAGAAAAUCAAGUGUGACGGCGAACUUCCUUGUCAAAAGUGCAAAAAGCAUGGCAAUGUCUGCACUGCGGCCAUCCGCAAGAGAACAAUUCACGUGGAAUACAAGCAGGUCCCUAAGAGCUACGUUGAGUUUCUUGAAAUCACACAUUUGGCCAUGAUUGGUACUGUUCACAAACUAUACAUGAUGAUCCAGAAGAAUCAGUCAUGGGACCUUGGCGAGCCAGAGUUGAAUGACCAAGGUGAAUUGGUCAUCCACGACAUAGCUAAGAAGCUGGGAUGUAUUGGUCCCAACGAUGAAAUCGAGCUGCCCAUUCAGUACGAAUUGCCGGCAACUGCUUCCGGCAUGGCAAGAGUCGCGGCCCAUCCGAAGCGACUGCAGUAUGGAGGUUACGAUGCAGAAGAUAGCGACGGUAAGGAGCCAGACUCACCCACAAAUGAUUCUGCAGACGGAAGCGUUCCAUCGCAGGAACAAUUGCAGGGCGUCGAAACUGAGCUCAACUACCGACGAGAAGCUUUUGCUAGCCAUAAUCACCACGUGAAAAAGUCUCCUCAAAGCGCUUACAGCUUUGACGACUUGGACAAUAGCCAUUCUGGGUCUGAGGGAGCCAACAGCUGCGUUACAUCAUCACCGUAUAAUUCACCAAUUUCAGACGGCACCGAAUUUUCUCAGCCUUCAUGGGGAACGAUGCCCGACGACAUGACGCUUUUCCUUGAACGAUACGGGCCGAUACCAGUUACAGAGAAGAUGACUUGGGAGUUUGGCGAUUCAAAUUUUGGCACACAGAAAAACAACUUUUCCGGGACGUCUGAUAUUGAGUCGCUACUCAUGGAGAACCAGAUAAUGUUUCCUGAUUACAAUAAUCUUUUCGGAAUAGGCAUCGCAGACACUGUUAGUAUAGGAAGAAGACCAAGUACAUGUACUUAG